AUGAAGAGGCAACCGUCCCGUGCUCCCUCCCCGACACCCACAGCGUUCUCCGGGAUCUCCAAUUACCGCACAGAGUCUUACCGACCAUCCCGGGACGGCAAAGGGCAACCACCCGUUCCCACUAUCGACUACCGGCAGGUCUCUAAGACACACCAUGAGGAGCUGGGCAAAUACCUCGCGAGCUACCUUGCGAAAGCGCCGCCAAACUCCCGUUCUACUGCCAGAUCGAAGCUUACGAGGCUGACAAUCCAGCAGUUCCAUGAGCUCUCUACGGAUGUCUACGAUGAAUUGGUUCGAAGGAAAAACGAGAAAGAAGCAAUCCCUUUCCUUCCGGUGAGGGAGGACUUCCAUCCCAAACGCAAUCAAGCUCGACAGAAACUGGCCACGCUACCGUCAACUCGGUUUGAGGAUCUAUCUAGUGAUGUUUACUUUGAGUUGGCUCGACGGUAUCCUGAGUUCAAGGAAGAUCCCUCUGGAAGAGGCUCGGCCUCGUCCACGUACGAUGAUUACCCUGCUCCAGACUUCCCUUCCAACUCCCCUCCUCGAAAGACCAACAGUCGCACGUCAGGCCGCAUGUCUGCCGAUCGACCUCCGGAUAGUGGAUACGGUAGCAGUCGCAAACCAUCUGUGGACAGGCGGCGGCCAAGCGAGUCAGAAUUUAGUGUUGGCAGGAGGAGUGAGGACAACUACAGGCGGCCUGAUGACAUCUAUGCUGGACGGGAAGAGAGCUUUUCUGCUGCGCUCGCUUCUCGACGCAAGCCAUCGCAAGACACCACCCGCAGAUCAGAAGAUCGCGAGCGUGAUUUUGGACGUCGGCCUAGCAUGGCGAGUGAUAGUACGGCAACGGUAAAUCAGGCUCCAGCACAAAGCACUACCGCCACCAGUGCUGUCAUCAUCCCAACAAAGAGCACGAUGGAGGAAGAAUACAUCGAUAUUCCUUAUGGCCGCGAUGCCAGAGAAAGCGGCGUGACGACCAUUGACGAGCGAGACCGCGUUCCUGAUGGAAGAGAUAAUGGACUGGAAGAACCGCCUGAUAGUGCGAGCGACUAUCCCAGUCCGAUGAGCUCGAGAAGCCCACCAGCCGGUCUAGGCGGACUCGCUGCACGGCUAAAAGGCGUUGAAGACGACGACGACGUUGUUCCUGGCAAUCGAAGUGGGGAUGAGCUCUACGACAAAUACGGCCGGUCGUCUGUUGACUCGAGUCGGUCCAAUGGCAUGGGUUCGCGAUUAAUGGGUGGCCGGGCGAGUGUCAGUGAAGACGCGGAGAAGAUGCGGCGAGACUAUGAAUACAAGAUUGCCACCAUGCAAACGCAAAUCACGAACCUACAGCGGGAUUUGGGCGAGGCUGCCGCAAAUGAAAAGAAGCGCCAGGAGAGCGAGUUACGUGUGAGGAACCUGGAGGAAGAGCUCAUGGGGUUGCGCCAGCGAGCUGAAGAACAAAGCGCGACGAUGCGUAUCUUGCAAAAGGAAUUGGACGAUGUUCGAGAAGCUCGACAACGUGAAGCUCGCCAAGCCCAGGAAGACCGGGAAGAACUAGCGAUUUUCCGUGACCGCUGCAACAAGCUCGAGGAAGAACACGAAUUCCGGCAAAGCGCGCCUGAUGCUGAGAACGUCGAGCAGCUUCGCGCUGAUAUGGAGAGCCUAUUAAUGGAGAUCAACGACCUUUCACGACGCAAUGACGAAUUGAUGAACUCGAAGGAAUCGGAUACCCAGCUUAUCCGGGAGCUGGAUAGCCAGAUGAAGGAAUUCAAGCGGAAGUACGAGCAGGCGAAGACGGAGCUGCGUAGUGUCAAAGCUACCUCGCAAUUCUUCGUCCAAACGCCGAAAUUCGACAAGCCCGAAGACCAACUACCUCUUGCUCCAGAUGGCGGAGUACUGGACAUCCACAUCACGGCGUUCCUCACCAGCAUCGACAGCCUACUAACAGCAGGUCGCUCAGCUGCACCAACACGUGUUCUUACACCCAUUAAGUCUGUGGUCAACGCGGUAACGAACAUCAUCGAGGACGUCAAGACGUUCGAGCGACGGCCUCAACGCGAUCGUGCCGAUGUGGAUAUGGAAGCCCUACGUUCACUGAGAGAACGAGCAGAGGCAACAUUGACCAACCUCGUCGCUGCGACGAAGACGCACGCGUCCAGCUCAGGCAUGUCGCCUGUCAGCUUGCUCGACGCGGCGGCGAGCCACGUCUCCGCGACCAUUACAGAGAUCGGACGCACGGUCUUCAUCCGCAAAGCAACCAAGGCUGAGCUGGAGCAGUUGGCGUACGGGGCUGCUGCCACGGGACCGUCCUCAGCGAACGGCUUCUCGCCCGCCCUGCGCUCCGUCGAGGAGGCGCGGUCGGCACAUCAGAGGAAGGCGAGCCAGGUCUCGUCGUCGAGUCGGACGGGACGGUUCUCGGAGUCGCCUAGCUCUCCACCGAUGGCGCAGAGGGGGUAUCGGGGACGACCGCCGUCGGAGAACUCGAGCUCGGAGCAGACGAACUCGCCGCCGCCGAUAUUUGACACACAGGGAGGUGCGGGUGUGGUGAGCGACGACUCGCAGGCGGAUGGAUCAGAAGAUGCUUGGGCGGAGCUGAAGCCAUACCUCGAAGCCCAAACCGAAUCAAUAGUCUACGCCAUCCAAUCCGUGCUCUCGGGCGUCCGGAGUCCGACGCCCUCGCCCACGCUGAACGAGAACCUGACGCAGAUCAUCACGAUCGUGUCGAGCAUCGUGGCAGUGUGCAACGACAAUCUCCCGCCGGCGUCGGCGCAGCAGGGGAACGUGAUUCUGCGGGAGCUCAGCGAGCAUGCGAACAAGCUGAGCGAGGUGCAGGCGCUGCCGGAGGUGACGAAGGAGUCGCGCCAGAUCAUGGCCAAGUCGAGCUUUGCGAUCGCGAAUGCGAUGAAGGGGCUGAUGAAGCUGUGA